ACCGGCAGUUUCCAAACAGGUCAAGACCAUGGCAGUCCUCAGUUCCAUGUUGCUGCCACUCGGGCUGUUUCUAUGCUUCGGACUGCUGUGUUCUUCUGCCAGCUCUGCAGAUGACAUUGACAACUGCAUGAUCUUCAAUGAGGUCACCACCACUAGCCAAGGCAUCAUGGCCAAUUCAGAUGUCUAUGAAAGCAACACAAACUACACAGUAUGGGUUCCCGUGAAUGCCAGUAUCAGCUCUGUGGUCCUGCGAGCAGUGGACACGAACAACAACUCACUAGGCCUCUGGGAAAAAGUAGACGUGCUCUGCAACAACAACGCCCUAUAUUACCUGGAUAACCCAAGUGACCAGCUCUUCAAAGCAAACUGGGUAUCUCCUAACUCAACGAACAUAACUACAAUCGUAUUACAAGCCUUCACUAUUAAUAUCUACAAUGUGGCUACAUUUUCUUCUCUGCAACUAGAAAGAAAAGACACAACCACUUACCAGAGCUCUACAACCAGGACAAACCCACACCCAACCUCAACAAAAGGACACAUCUCCACAGCGAGAACAACUCCACAACCAACUGCAACAAGAGAACACAUUUCCACAACCACAACAACCCCACAUCCAACCCCAAUAACAGAACACAUCCCCACAACCACAACAACCCCACACCCAACCCCAAUGACAGGACACUUCUCCACAGCCAGGACAACCCUACAUCCGAUCCCAAGGACAACCAGCUUGGCCAACAGAACCUUCCUCUGCCCCAUCACAAGUACCAUUCAGAUCCUGCUAGUCUUUCUCACCAGCAAACUCAUCUCCUAGAAGGAAGCUAGGAAAACAAUUGCUCCUGCUUCCACUGCAUCCUCCUAUAUUCCGUUCAAAGCCAGUGCUCUGACAGGCAUGUGAAUGAAGACUUUACAUUCUCAAAUGUGCAACUCUACUACCACUGCUUUGGACCAAAACAGAGACCUGAGGGUCACUUGGUGGAGGGUAGCUAGUCCACUCACUGGUGGACUUGGGGCACACAGAUGUUCAACUGGAUCUCUCAGGACACAAAUUAGGCUUUUUGUUAGCUGCUUAGACCUAGUCUGGGUGUAACCCGGAAUUCUGGCUCUCAGUUUCACAUGCUGACAGCCAAUUCCACAGCCAAUGUAAACUUUUGUUCACUGCCAAAUGAUUCCUCCACACCUGAGUCUCCAUGGGGAAAACCUUUCUUCACUUUCAAGAUGACCUCAGAUUUCUGACCAAACCCACUCAGGUUACACAGAGCUUCUGUGUCUCAUGUCACCCAAAAAGGAAAAGAAAAAGGAAUAGCCCUGAUGUUAUUGGCCACACCAGUAGUAUGUGAAGGGCUAGAAAACAGGAAUGUACCAUGUCUGAGCAAACAACCAUAGGGAAAUAUUAUGGUAUAAAAACAG